UGUACCAGAUGGACACCAGGUCCCUUUUCCCCUCAUCCUGGAUCAAUCUUUUUCCUUCUCUCUUUUCUCCACCUCUAUCAUCCAGUUAGCUCUCUCUGCUUGUUGUAGAUCCCAUUUUACCAAACACACACUCAUCUCUCUCUCCCUGUUGUUAAUUUUUCCCCGUCGCCCCACUCUCAGUCAGCAUGGUGAACAGAUAACUGCUAAGCUGUGGAACAUGGGCUCCUGCCUCUGCAAAGGUCACCAAGAGCUGCAAAGUGGCCAGCAACACCCCAUGGAAGAGCUUCACUCAGACGCUGAAGGACAGCCCAUCUUUAAGGGUAACCAUCAGCCCUACAAUGGCAGCAUAUCAGAUAAAAGGAGCAGCAGCGGGUAUGACAUUGGAGAAUUGGCUACAUCUUCCCUGCUGGGACUGCUGGCCACUAUUAAAGACCACAUCACUAAGCCCACAGCGAUGGCCCAGGGCCGAGUCGCCCACCUGAUUGAGUGGAAGAGUUGGGGAGGGAAAGCGACGUCUGGAGGAGGCUGGUGUGGCUGGACGAGAGAUGGUGGAGGACUGGGAAGUGUGGGAGCAGCACUGCAGGAGGACGAGCAGCUCUAUUCCCACCUCACUGAUGAAAUCAAAGAAGCGCGAUUUGCUGCGGGUGUGGCAGAGCAGUUUGCUCUGGCUGAGGCAGCGAUGAAUGUAUGGUCAUCCCAGGAUGUUGAAAAUAAAGCUAUAGGCAGUACAAUUCCAGUACAAGACCCAGAGGGACUUUAUAUUUCUCACUUCCUGUUGGAUGGAGGGAGUCUGGGUGUUCCUCAGUACCUGUACAGACUGCACACUGAUGACACCAGCUCUCUGGCACCUUCUCAUCCUCCUCAGUCUCAUUCCCCCAGUCAUUCUCAUUCUCCGCUGGACACACAACGUCCACCGCAGGAGCAGAGGAUCUCGCCGAUGGAAGCGUCCCUGCGACAUGCAGACAGCAUCUCCCUGUCGGAGGAUGAGGUUUUUUAUAACUGAACUUUUGAUGAUGACAGUGGAACAAAAAAAAAAAGGUUUUUCAUCUGUCCUUUGUGUUCACUGAAAAGCAUAUGAGGUGACGUCUGGGGUCAUUGCUUUACCGUUAAAGUAUGUAAUAGCCACAGCUGAGCUAUUUGAACGUGGGGAUCGUUGUACAUGCCGACAUGUUAUGUCCAUAUCAUGUUGCCUUUUUGCAAUGAUGAUGGAGAUUGGACUUUAUGUUAACAGAGUCAGACCAAUUACAUUUAGAAUAAGGUAAAAGGUCAUCGCAUAUGAAUGCAUCUAAAAAUAAACAUCGACAGAGGGGUGAUCAAUGACUUUUCACCUUCCACUGAGUGUUUGUAGAUAUUUGCAGCAGCCUUUGACAAAGAUUCAGAGGCCUAUUAGCUCUAUAGACUGAAGAAGAAAGAGCCAAAAGAAAACACGCUUUCAUCUCCACAGACAGAGAUUUUCCUGGUGCAUUUCCACUAAGAAUGAUUCAAUGGGGCUACAGAGAUGAAUAGGAUUCUUUUGUGAGGACUCUGGAGGGUGAAAGUGACUUAUGCCUUUGAGCAAAGCCGCAGAUAUUACUUGGGACAGUGAGGUGGAGAUUUUAAAGAUUUUUCAUAUUGCCAAAUGUUUCCAUGGGGAUUUUGAGUAUAAAACGUCUAAACACAGCAAAUGACUACAUGUAUCCUCAAAGCUGAAAACUGCACAAUACUGACAAUAUUAUAAAAAAGGUUGGAAUGGUCACAACUGCCACAGAUUUAUAAGUCCAUGUAUAUGUAGAACUUAAAAAAGUAUUACCACAGGUAACUUGAAUCUUGUGUUAAUGAUUGUGUCAGUCAUUUUUGUGCAAUCUUUUGUAUGUGAAAAUCUAUGAUUUAAUCUUUAAAAGAUCUAUUGCGGCAGAAACCACUUGCUAACAAGAACAUUCUUGUGUGUUCUUGUGUGUGUCUGAGCUGGAAUAACAAUCGUCUGCCUUUUCUCUGUAAUUAGCCCUAUUCACACUCCACUGACAAAGAAAAGGAAAGAGAGAGAUAGUGAGGGAUGAGGUAGAAGAGAGAAAUCAGACAGAGGGGAUUAUAGCAAAUGCAGAAGAAGGAGAGGGCGAGAGAGGAGGCUUUUGGGAGGUGGAAUGGUCAAGUGUUAUCAAUAUCAUGCUCCUGCAGGGUCUUUUAAUAGAAGUUUACAUCCUCGUGUGGUGUCAGAUAAUGUGUGUGACUGCUUUGGUGCUUCAGGGGAGGGUUUGAAGUAGGAUUUAAUUGUGUUGAUAGAGGCUCUGGGGUGAUGAGCAGAAUUUAGAUUGUGUUUGUAACUGGAAUUCAAUGUCAAUACAAUAUAUUAAUGAACAAUCCAUGAAUUCAAAUGGAUUCUUAUAAAACCUUUUCUAAGAAAAAAGCACAAGGAAUAAUGACCGAAAAACAGAGAAAAGAACCGAAUUGGGAUGGUUGAGAAAUUAAACGAAGGUAAUUUAUUACUGAA